AUGGCGUCGACAGCUUCCAUCAAACGCAAGCGCUCCGGCGAAGACCUGACCGCAAACACCUCGAAACGAGUCCUCCGUCCACGAUCCGUUCCUGAAGUCACAACAAUACAUAUUCAGCCAGCUUCCACCUCGAAACCGCGCGUCAAGAAGCCCAUCACAAGAAGACUGCCACAAGUCGAGUCAACAACAUCCACAAGCCCUGGCUCGAACCUCCUUCUCCAGAAAGACCAGAUCAUCGAACAACUGCGACUUGAGCUUGCCGAAGCAAACAACGAACUCGCCAUGACACGAAAGAGAUUGCUAGAGACCGAGAAGAAGUUGGUCGAUACCCAGAAGAAGGCUCGACAAUACUCGGCCAUCGACGUCGACUCAGAAGCCGGGUCUUCAGCCUCGGAAGGCACCACCCGCGCCGCUCCCCAAAAGAAGACAUUAGCGACUAAGAAGACUACUACCAAAAAAGCACCCGCAGCCAAAGGCCCUACAGUCAACAAAUUGUACAAAGACAGCGUCAGAGCCAUUGAAGCCCACCUCAAAGUCCUCGAUGGAAAGGUCCGCAAGAUGAGCCCCAACAGUCGCGCAAUCUCGACAGACACAUACGCAGACAAGUCGCUCAAGUUUCUCAAGCCUGUGAAAGAGUUGGAAAAGAUGGAUGGAGGAUUGGUGCCUGCAUUCAACCUCGCAAUGUAUGUGGCCGAGGCCUCGCACACCGAUUGCGACACCACAUCCAAGAUGUCCGGCUAUGGUGAGAGCGAGUACCCCUUUGGUGUCUUGGAUGAGCAACUACUAGAGUUGAUUGAGAAGAGAAACACACAGUCGCCAGCAAAGCGACAAGCAGAGCUACCUACCGACGAUCAGAGCCGAAGUCAGUCUGCGCUCGCAAUGUCACCUUCUCGUCGCACAUCUCAGCCGCGCUCGUUCGCCUCAAUCUAUCUCAACGAUCGAACAGCCAUGUCGACUACUGAAGACACCAAUCCCACUCCCCAGCUCGACCCUGCCGCACCCGACGGCUCGAAAAAUGCUUCCACAACUACAAUGACCACCGAAGAAACCUUGAGAGCCAGAAUCAAGACCCUCGAGAGUCAGCUUCAAGCCUGUCAGGAGGAAAUUGCGCACUUGAACAAGAUCGUGGACGCAGCGGCUUUGUUCUAUGACGAUAUGUGCAAGAUCCACGAGAAAUACCGCUAG